AUGGAACCCGUUCUAGGCUCAGUUGCAUGGAGGGCUCAGGACAAAGGCCCCUUCUGCUUAGCAAUAUGUUGGACGGUUAUUACCAUCAGCAGUUUCUUUGUCGUCGCUCGAGUCUGCUCCCGGUGCAUUACAUUGGGGAAACUACGAAACGAUGACUAUUUUGCAAUCCUAGGCCAUAUCUGCGGAUGUGUCUCGACGGUGUUUUCGACAGUCGCGGUGUUAUAUGGCAAUGGAAAACACUCUUCUCUUCUCACGCCACAUCAGCAGCAAAAGGCCACCUUGUGGACUAUGAUAUCCAUCUGUCCAGCAAUCAUAUCACUUGGCCUACCGAAAUUGGCCGUAGUUGCGCUCUUGGCGCGUAUCUUGAAUCCCAGCAGAUUCCACAAGUGGAUUCUCUGGAUAACUGGCAUCUGUUGUCAACUAGCUCUGCUUGCCACCGUUGGGAUGCUGCUAGGACUGUGCAUACCGGCACGCUCGUUGUGGAACCUGUCGGAAGGAGGAAAAUGCUUCAACAUGAACUUUUUUAUAGCCUACAGCAUCUGCGCUGGGUGUAUGUAUAUUCCUUCAGAUUCUAAAUACUACCGCGAAGGGCUUGUGCUAACCGAUAUAGCCUAUUCAGCCUUCGUCGACAUCUACCUGGCCGUCUACCCAGCGAUAGUGCUAUACAAGAUUCAGAUGCCUCGUAAGAAGAAGUUAUUUCUAUCUCUUGCUCUGGGCGUCGGCUCCAUGUUAAAGGGAGCACCGUCGUUAUUGCUUGCUCGAUUCCUCUCCUUUACCCACUACUACGGCUGGUUCAAGGUCGUCAUCUUUUCAGGUUGCACAAGGGCUGAGUCCAAAGUCGGCAGUAUUAUAACGCUUCCAGGGGUCAGGUAA